UCGUUUGAAUAAUCUAGUAUAACAAUACCGCUAUGGAAUCGUCAAAUUAUCAUAUUUGAUCUAUACCUAAGUUCGUCCUAUAUUCUACAAUGCAAAACAAGACAUUCGGGCUUCGAUUUCAAUUGGAUACGUUUUAGCGCGGAUAUGUUUCCACAUUUUAUUUAUUUAUUUGAUAUUGACAACUUUACAGUGAAUUGAUGUGAAUUAUUCAUUAACGCUUAAAAUGAACCACGGAAAUUGUAAAAUGAGUUAACAGUGAUUUUCAUUUGUUAAAAAUAUGAGAAACUAUGUUGCAUAUUUCAGAAGUAUCAAAUGGCACAGUGGUGACUGGAAACACUGAUGACGUCACGGACAAGCCGUCUUAUGGUUGGAUAUUUUCAACAGUCACUGCAUUCGGAUUGCUUCUGUUUCUUGCAAUAUCGUUUGCACUUUAUCAUCGUCGUCUUAUGAUAAGAAGAAGGAAAGAAAAAGAAUACAACAGCUUUUUCAGGUUUCUUCGACCUGAUUUGCAAAAAUCUGACACAAAGAGAACACGUGCAAGAUCUAUUCUUACCAACACACAUAACGUAGGUUCAUCUUCAGUAAACACAAAAGCUGAAUAUUACAACGAAGCUUUUGAAGACGAAGAGGAACUCAUUAAUUACACUGAAGACACUGGAAAUGAAACGAAAAUAUCGUAUGCCGAAUGGGUAGAGAAAAGAGAAGAUGUGGCAGUAGAAAAACAAAUGGAAGAUCGUGACAUAUAUCUUCGUUCCGUGCAAGCGAGGAGAAAAGUUUUUCUUGCAGAUGUGCAAUCAGAGAAAAUGUUUCGUGACUCUGGUGAAUUAAAUGUAGCUGAUGUCAUGCCAGAUAAAAGUAUAUUUAAGGAUUAUAUUGCUGAUGAACGGGGUGAAAGAUUUGCUGAAAGAAAUGUUAAAGCUAAAGCUGGCCAUGGAAACACAAAAACGUCUACCCCAGAAAGCGAAAAAAAGUUUAUAUCACAAAUGCAAUUUGAAGACAAUGAAGAUUUUGAUCAGCCCAGGCGUCAAAUAAUUGCUCAUAAGCUACCGCUAGUUAGACCAUUGAUAGACAUAACAAGCCCUACAGAGGGAAAACUGAAAAAGGAGACAGCACUGGAACCAAUCAAAACAACGAAAAAGAAGCGAAACUUAUUGAGUCAUGCUUAUAAGAAACAUGCUAUUUCGUUAGAUGUAGAUAACCGAGAUACACCUGUGUUUUACAGUAAGCAAAGGCGGAAUAGUGAGCCCGAACUUUUUCUAUAUAACAAACAGACGGCAGAUCCACAGGACGCAAGAUUAUAUGAUAACCAGAAUAAAAUUCUUUUCAACCCGUACCACACUGACAUAGAAAUGCCAGUGCACAAAAAUCAAAAGAGGCUAAGUUGUACUGCUGAAGAUGAACAGGAAGUUGAUGUGUUUAAACAUGAAAAGGUUUAUACCCGUUUUUGAUGAUACUUACAAAUAGCAUGUACUAGCAAAUACUUUGAUGCAAAAUGGAGAUGGAACGAACAUGAUUAUAUAUAACAAUAAUAUUACAUACUCGUUUCUAUUCCCCGUUAAGUUACACUGGUACCGGAAACGUCAAUAUUUUUCCAUACACUGACACCUGAAUUUCAUAUCGGGUGCGUGACGUAAAUCAGUGUGUUGUUGCACUAUUUUUUUUCUAUUUAGUUAAGUAUUGUCAAUCCUAUUCAGGCUAUUGAACAUAUUUAUGAUAUUUACAUAAUAUUUAUACGUGUAGAUGCGUAUGUAAUAAAAAGGUUAUUACCUGUGCAUCGGGAAAUAUGCACUCGUUCUUCAGCGGAAGAAUAUUGCGCUCCUAAAGUCGCGCAAUAUUCCCGCUGAAGAACUCGUGCAUAUUUCCCGAUACAAAGCUAAUAACCUAUAAAUAUUAUAUUGGAUACGUUUUAUUACAUUAACAUACUUAUACAAUUGAGCCGCACCAUGAAAAAACAAACAUAGUGCGUUUGCGACCAGCAUGGAUCUAGACCAACCUGCGCAUCCGCGCAGUCUACACAGGAUCCAUGCUGUUCGCUAAUGGUUUCUCUAAUUGCAAUAAGGUUUUAAAGUUAACAGUAUGAAUCCUGACCAGGCUGUGCGGAUGCGCAUGCUGGUCAUGAUCAAUGCUGGUCGCAAACGCACUAUGUUGGUUUUUUCAUGGCGCGGCUCAUUUGGUUACCGUAAUCAGUCAUGAUCUGCCCGAGUCCGUACUCCUACAAACAGAUAGACUAAAGUACUGAUACAUUUCUAAGCAUCCGACAUUCCAAUGGUUAGCUGUCUCGUACAAAUAAUUUACUCAUCUCACUGAUUCACUGAUUUUAAAGUCGUUCUACAAAGAUUCGAUUGGGAUUGCAAUGAAAACAUUAACAUUUUUGCGAAUGUUUUACAUGUUUCGAUUCUGUCUGACGUUACGAUGUACAUAACGUGUUUUUUCUUUAGAGAAUGGAAAGAAUGUAAUUUGAUUAAUUUUCAAGAACAGUACAGUAAUACGGUAAAGUAAUGCAUACUGUUAUUAAUUUAAAUGGUGUCAUGUUCAUUUGGCUUAUUGACGGUUGCUAGUUCUACCCAGUUACUCACCCGUCGUUUAGAUAAUGUACCAAAGCGCACCUGGGUGAUUUUCCUCAAAUCACCAUCAAAUUGAACAGAGUGGGAAAAAAAUCUCACUUUCAAUAAACACACAUCUGACCUGGAUAUGUCUCUCAGUGACAAAAACAUAGAUUUCAGCUACUGACAUGUAAAAAUGAGCAGCGCCAUGAGAAAACCAACAUAGUGCGUUU